GCAGGCAUGUUUGGUGCUAAUCUCACUAUCUUCCAUCCCACUGUGUUCAUCCUGCUUGGCAUACCGGGACUGGAGCACUAUCACACCUGGCUUUCUAUCCCCUUCUGUCUCAUGUACAUCACCGCAGUUUUGGGAAAUGGAGCCCUCAUCCUUGUUGUCCUGAGUGAGCGUACCCUCCAUGCACCCAUGUAUGUCUUCCUAUCUAUGCUGGCUGCAACUGACAUUCUGCUGUCCUCCACCACUGUGCCGAAGGCCCUGGCUAUCUUCUGGUUCCACGCUGGGGAGAUAGGCUUUGAUGCCUGCAUUACUCAGAUGUUUUUCAUCCAUGUUGCUUUUGUGGCUGAGUCAGGAAUCCUGCUGGCCAUGGCACUUGACCGCUAUGUGGCCAUUUGUACUCCCUUGAGAUACACAUCCAUCUUAACACCUAUGACAAUUGGGAAAAUGACCCUGGCCAUCUGGGGACGGAGCAUUGGGACUAUUUUCCCCAUAAUAUUCCUGCUGAAAAGGCUGCCAUACUGCCGGACCAAUAUCAUCCCCCACUCGUACUGUGAGCACAUUGGGGUGGCCCGAUUGGCCUGUGCUGACAUUACUGUCAAUAUCUGGUAUGGCUUCUCAGUGCCGAUGGCGUCCGUUUUGGUAGAUGUUGCACUCAUCGGUGUUUCCUAUACUUUGAUCCUCCAAGCUGUGUUUAGACUUCCUUCCCAGGAUGCUCGACAUAAAGCUCUUAAUACCUGUGGUUCUCACGUUGGAGUUAUUCUCCUUUUCUUCAUACCAUCGUUUUUCACUUUCCUUACCCAUCGCUUUGGCAAAAAUAUUCCCCACCAUGUCCACAUCCUCCUGGCAAAUCUUUAUGUUUUAGUGCCUCCCAUGCUUAACCCUAUUAUCUAUGGAGCAAAGACCAAGCAAAUCAGGGACAGUAUGGCUCACAUGCUGUCUCUUUCAAGGAAGUCUUGA